AUGAGCAGUGACGCCGAGCCCACCAUCCACACCGUCGGUUCUCGCUACAGCCCGGACCUGCCGGAACGCGAUGGCAAGACGCCCGAGUACAUAGAUAAGAUACUGCCCAGCGCGCUCGACAGCAAGCUAGCCAAAGGAGGAGACAGCAAGGCAGACAACCAUGGGGACGUUGUCACGAGACGCCCCAGCGGUGCCACUGGGCCUCAUACUUCGAUCGAUUCUGGUACAACCAAAGUGUUCCGGACCGUGGGCAGCGCAAAUCCCGGCAGUUUUGGCGCAACAGUGAGCAGGGAAAACACUGAAUAA